UUUGGGACUGCGGCGGAAAGAUGGCGGCCCCCAGGAGCGGACAGGAGUCAGUGAAGGCAGAACCUAGCGCGGGGAGCCAGGGGAGCUCGGGAGUGGAGGUAGUUCUCCUUUCGGAUCCUGCCGCUCCAGCCCCGCUUUGCCCUCAUGAACUAGGACCUACCCUCCUGUUUGUAAAAGUGAGCCAGGGGAAGGAAGAAACACGGAGGUUUUAUGCCUGUUCAGCCUGUAGAGAUAGAAAAGACUGUAAUUUUUUUCAGUGGGAAGAUGAAAAGCUGUCGGGAGUGAGACUCGCCGCCCGGGAAGCUUAUAACCAAAGAUGUCGGCCUCCCCUCUCCCGACUGCAGUGUGUGCAAAGGUACUUGAGGUUCACGGAGUUGCCUUUGACUCAGAGAAAGUUCUGUCAGAGCUGUCAGCAGUUGCUGCUACCAGAUGAGUGGGGGGAGCACCGAGAGCAUCAGGUGGUGGGGGACAUUGCUAUCACCCAGUUAAGAAGACCCAGCCAGCUCCUUUACCCACUGGAAAACAAGAAGACAAAUGCCCAGUAUCUGUUUGCAGAUAGGACCUGUCACUUCUUGGUUGGCCUCCUCCCUGCCCUGGGCUUCAGAAGGGUACUAUGUGUUGGUACACCAAGGUUGCACGAGCUGAUCAGGUUGACAGCAUCUGGUGACAAGAAGUCUAACCUUAAAAGCCUUUUAUUGGAUAUUGAUUUUCGGUAUUCGCAGUUUUAUAUGGAGGAUGGCUUUUGCCGCUAUAACAUGUUUAACCACCAUUUCUUUGAUGGAAAGCCCGCCCUUGAAGUGUGCAGAGCAUUUCUACAGGAGGAGAGCGGUGAAGGAGUCAUUAUGGUGACAGACCCUCCUUUCGGGGGCUUGGUUGAACCCCUGGCUAUUACAUUCAAGAAGUUAAUCACUCUGUGGAAAGAAGGUCAAGGCCAAGAUGACAGUCACCAAGAAAUGCCCAUUUUCUGGAUUUUCCCCUACUUUUUUGAGGCCAGAAUUUGUCAGUUUUUUCCAAGCUUCUCCAUGCUGGAUUACCAGGUAGAUUAUGAUAACCAUGCACUUUAUAAACAUGGAAAGACCGGUCGAAAACAGUCUCCUGUGCGUAUAUUUACCAACAUUCCACCCAACAAAAUAAUCCUUCCUACUGAAGAAGGAUACAGAUUUUGCCCUCUGUGUCAACGGUAUGUUUCUCUUGAAAAUCAACACUGUGAACACUGUAAUUCUUGCACAUCCAAGGAUGGCAGGAAAUGGAAGCACUGCUUUCUCUGCAAAAAGUGUGUAAAGCCUUCCUGGAUCCACUGUAGCAUUUGCAGUCGAUGUACUGUUGCAGAUCAUUCUUGUGAGGGCCCCAAAGACGGCUGCUUUAUCUGUGGUGAAUUGGGCCACAAACGCAGUUCCUGCUCUAACAUUGGCACCCCAAAGAAAGCCAGAGCUGUCAGAAACCAGAAGCAAAGAAAACGUAGUAAGAUGAAAAUGGAGACCACUAAAGGACAAUCCAUGAAUCAUACAUCUGUUACAAGGAAAAAGAAGAAGAGGGAAAGAGCCCAUCAAUAUCUCUGCUCUUAAAUGUCCAGUGACUUGAGAAUAAGGAAGAUUUAUAGUCCAACCUUUGAUGCCAUUUUCUGCAAGUGCCACGCUGGACUUAAAGUCAGUUGCUUUCCUAGGUGGUGCCCCUUCCUAAGCUCAGCAACAGGCAGGUGGCAUUUGCUCAUUUGUAGUCCCCUCCUCUGCCUCUCUAGAGAGUGGGAAUUUUCUUCAUCAGCUGGUUUACCAGCUCUUUCUGCAGGCUUUUUAUCAUUCUCCUUAAGUCUGUCCCAGUCUUACUACCUUGGCUUCUUUUGUCUGAAAAAUGGGCAUAGAUAGCACUUUCAUUUGCAAUGUCAGAAGAAAACGAAAAUGGCAACCUAUGAAGUUUGUUCACAUUGAACACAAAAAUAUGUUAAUUUUAGAUACGAAGACAUUUUGUUAAAUACUAAGCAAUGCUUUAAACCCCUCUUGCCUUCAAAGACUACAAUCAACAAUUCUUCCUAGAUUGAAUCUAAAGGCAGUGGAAAGAAUUUUUACAAAGGCCCUCUAAAGAUAGAUAAAUUGUAGUUAUAUUAUAUUAAAUAUUUAUUUUUGCAGUUCUUAUUGCCGUUGCCCUCUUGCUUGUAUAGAAUCCCUAAAUGUCGGAUGGAUGAGACAGCAAGUUAGGACUUGCUCCGUUAUCUUCAAAUCCAUGCUGUAAUUUCGUCUGUAAAAAUGAGUUGGUGACAGAAGCAGGAUAGUGUCUGAAAUUCUGUCCUGACAAACAAGUCGUGGCCGCAUUGCCUUGGCCAACUCACUUCUUGUCUAGAAGCCCCGUUUCUCCACUGCUGUGAUGAGAGUGCAUCACAGCUACACUCAGGUCUGUUUGGAUCUAAAUGAGAUGCACUGCCUGGCUCCUAGCUCUUCUGUGUCCUGGCUGGUGAGUCCUGUUGGCAGGGAAACACUGGCCCAGGCCUCUUGGUCAGGAGCACAGCACCAAACAGAGUGGUUUGAAUUCCAAGACAAGCCCUGUACCUCCCGUUUCUCUGCCAGGUAGCUGACCUUGUCUCCUUAGGACUGAAUAGUUUUGAAGGACUUGAAUUUGCAUAAUAGCUUUCUCUUGUUCCCAAACAACUGCUGUAGAGCCAACGUGGAGGUGUCUUUCUGCUUGGGGUUAGCUGGAGCUCUGCGAGUGUUGCCCCCUAUCUGGCAUUUAAAUUUCAGGUGAGCUGGGGCUAUUUGAUAAUGUGAUCCAGAACACAUGGGCCAGAUAAUUAGGGGUGUGUUGUAUAUUAGGCAAUAUCAAAAGAUUAAUUAAGCUCUGAGGCUUGUAAUAAAAAUCAGAAAAUGACACAGAAUACUGAAGGAUGGCCCAGAUCAGCAGGGCCAUGGUGUACAUCUGGUGACAUCAAAGGUGAAGUAAACUCUUGAGUCUUAAAAAUAAAAAAAUGGGGCCGGGGAUUUAGCUCAGUGGUUCUGCUGCCUGCCUCAC